AUGGAGUCCUGGGGCCAAGAAGUGGUGUUGAUCACAGGCUGCACAGAGGGAGGUAUAGGGCAUGCCCUGGCCAAAGCAUUUGCUGCCAAUGACUGUCUGGUUGUUGCCACCAGCAGGUCAUUGGCUUCCAUGGCAGACCUUCAGCAUGACCUUAGGUUCUUCCUGCAAGAAGUCGAUGUUCUGUCCGAGGAGAGCGUGCAACGAGUCAUGUCAGUUGUUAUUGAAAAGUAUGGAAGGAUUGAUGUAUUGGUUAACAAUGCUGGUAUUCAAUGUAUUGGUCCUCUUGCUGAGAUCCCAUUACCUGAGCUGGAGCAAACAUUCAACACUAACGUUUAUGGUCCGAUGAGGCUAAUUCAAGCUGUUGUUCCUCACAUGGCGUCUAGGAGAAAAGGGAAAAUAGUAAACGUCGGGAGCGUUGUCGCUCUGGCUGCUGGACCAUGGGCUGGUGGAUACAAUGCUUCCAAGGCUGCACUUCAUUCUGUAACUGAUACCUUGAGACUGGAGCUAAGGCCUCUGGGGAUCGAGGUUAUCCUCGUUGUCCCCGGAGCUAUCAAGUCUAACUUAGGUAAAUCUGCUGCAAAUCGGUACGAGCAGAUGCCAGAAUGGAACUUGUACAAGCCAUUUGAAGAAGCAAUCCGGGCCAGAGCACAUUUUUCUCAAGGACCCAAGUCGACCCCGUCGGGAGAGUUGGCAAAGAAGACUGUGGCUCUGGUGCUAAAGAAGAACCCACCAGCAUGGUUCUCCUAUGGCCACCUCUCAACUAUAAUGGCUGUCAUUUACCAUCUGCCACUCUUCAUCAGGGAUUUUAUCUUCAGAACUUUGUUUAAAUGCUGA